UAAAUACCAACUUGUCUCCCGUUUUCUUUGGUAUUUUUGUUUAAGUGGUGUUAAUAACAUAACUUUUUAUGAAAAAUCAAAACAAAAUCCGAUGAUCUGCUGGAUGUGCACAAAUUCUGGGACGUGGACAGGAUGUCUUGCUAUUAUCGCCAGCACGAGGACACGGCGGUGACCGUGCCGAAAUUCACAAACGAAACCUCCAGCGGCGGUGUGACAUAUUACGAUGUCAAGGUCCGGGUGGGCAAGGUGGAGUGGCUGGUGGAGCGGCGCUAUCGGGACUUCGCCCAGCUCCACGACAAGCUGGUGGAGGAGGUGUCCAUCAGCAAGAAGCUGUUACCGCCAAAAAAGCUGGUAGGCAACCGACAGCCUGCCUUCUUGGAGCAGCGCCGCGAGCAGCUGGAGAUCUAUUUGAGGGAGCUACUCAUCUACUUUGGGGCGGAGCUACCUCGCGCCCUGGCCGAGUUCCUGGACUUUACAAAGUACGACAUCAUCUACCUUCUGCAGGAUCUCGCCAAGCUGUUCAACGAGAGCGGCGAUGCGUUGCUCAGCUCCAAAAAGGAGUACAACCUGUCGGCCCUGGAGGUGUAUGCCAUUAGCGAGCGUCUGAGUCUUCCCUGUCCACCAAGUCUGGAUCGAGGUGGAAAAUAUGACUUCUCCCAUGUCCUGGACUUUUGCACUCAGCUUGUGGUCCUGGUGGUGACUCCGGUCAAGGACAACGCCAGCUAUGCGCAGGACUACAAUACGGUGGACGUGCCAAUUGGACGAAGCAAUAUCAUUCCCAAUAAACUCAACUUUAACCUGAACGCCUUUCGCAAUCUCAAGACGCUCCGAUUCUCGGCUUUGUCCACGGAAAACAUCGCGGACAUUGAGCUGCUGAAGCCCACGCUCCAGACAAUCUGUGUCCACAACACCACCAUUCAGAAUAUAAGUCAGGUUCUGCUCUGCGAUAAUCUACACAAGCACUGCGAUGUGCCCAGCCUGCUUCCAGAGACCAUUGCUGCCAGUUCCAGUGCCUCCACCUCGAAUGGCACCAGCGCCUUGGUCACCGCAGACGCCUGGCAAGAGCUAACCGAACUGGAUUUGACCGGCAAUCUGCUGACCCAAAUCGAUGGCAGCGUGAGGACAGCCCCUAAGCUGCGCCGCCUUGUUCUCGAACAGAAUCGCAUACGGACUGUACAAAACCUGGCCGAGCUGCCUCAUCUGCAGUUGCUGUCGCUUUCGGGAAAUCUCAUAGCCGAGUGCGUAGAUUGGCAUCUGACGAUGGGCAAUCUUGUUACGCUGAAGCUGGCUCAGAACAAACUGAAGACCCUGGGCGGUCUGCGCAAGCUGCUGUCGCUGGUCAACUUGGAUUUGAGUUCCAAUCAGAUCGAAGACCUUGAUGAGGUUGAUUAUGUGGCCAAUCUUCCGUUGUUAGAGACACUGAGGCUUACGGGUAAUCCGCUGGCAGGAAGUGUGGACUAUCGUGCUCGCGUCUUGGCCCGCUUCCACGAACGUGCCGCUGAAAUCUCGCUUGACAAUGAGCCUGGCAGUCAGCAGGAGCUGGACACUGCUCUGGUUCUAUCGGCUCUGCUUCAGUCUAAGCAACGACAGCUACAGAAAUGACCUUUGUCUUGAUUCCAUAACUUCACAAAUCUCCAAUUGAUUAACAAAUAUUUCGUAUAUGAUAUUUUCUGUUUAUUUAGCCGUAUUCUUAAAUUAUUUUAUGUCUUUAUCAACCAUGUUUAUAUGUUUUUAAUAGUUCAUGUCCACCAGAUGUGCAAUAAUGCAAUGCUCACCUCCAAAAUGAAUAGUUAAGUAAAUUAAAUAAAUUCGAUGUACUAUAUAUCCUGACAAAAGGCAGUCCUCCAUUGCU